AUGAUUCACAUUUUAAGUCUCGAUUCCUCCGGACUUUUGCAAUUCAAAUGGGAUGUCAUGAAUGAUAGUCCUACAAUGUUUGAAAUUUCAAAAAAUGGAGAACUUCUUGAUUAUAAAGGAGAUCGUGUUUAUUGGAUUCAAAAAGGCGAUGGGCUAAAGGAGAAAAAGUAUUGGUUUAGGGUUGAAAGGUUUGGACCUAACGAGCUCUUUUUAAGAGCAAUUGAACAAGAAAAUGGGGAAAUUGGAAAAUAUCUUACGGUUAAAUUAGAGGGUUUGGCAUUGGAGGAUCAAGCUUCAGCUUUAUCCGAAUUCAUUAUUGCCAAGGAAAUUUAG